CCUAUCAGUGCCCAUCAAUGCCACCUGUAAGCACCCAUCAGUGCCACAUACCAGUGCCCAUCAGUUGCCUACCAGUGCACAUCAAUGCCACAUAUCAGGGCUUAUCAGUGAAAGUCAGUGCCAUCUGUCACUGCCCAUCAGUGCUGCCUGUCAGUGCUGCCUAACAGUGCCAACCAGUGCCGCCUAUUAGUGCAAGUCAGUGCCACCUAUCAGUGCCCAUCAGUGCCGCCUAUCAGUGCCAUAUAUGAGUGCUGCCUUUCAGUGCCCAUUAGUGAUGCCUGUCAAUGCCCACAAGUGAUACCUGUCCAUGCCCAUCAGUGCCACCUAUCAGUGC